AUGGCCAGAAGAAAAGAAGUCCGCAAGCCGGACACUGCUUCCAGUAGGUCAACUGCUUCUAUUUUUCAGAACAUUGACUCGCCUGAGCAACUUGAGGACUCCAAAAUCAAUUCCAAUGACGAAUCUUCCCAGAUUCAACCUCCACUUGAAAACGACGAUCCUGACAGACCCGAGGACUAUAAAUUCCCAUUCAACUUGGUGUUUGAGUUUCAAGACUUCUUGAACUUCCACUUGAACUUCCGCCGUGGUGUCGAGAUCUUGGUUUGUCUCUACUUGAGUCAAGUUUUCUACAUUUACUUGAGUGAAAGAGACGACCAUGCUGGACUUGCUGCUGUGGGCUUCAGUAUCUUGGGGGCAGUGUUAGCUAUGUACUUGAGUAACAGAUCGUUGAGAAAGAAACAUGCAGCCAACCCAGAAACAUCUGGUGCUCCUGAAUUGCCUGAGUUCAACACCAUUUACUCGUUUUUCAUUCCUAUUGCCUUGAACGUUUUGUUGGGCGGUACCUCCUCACCAUUUUUCCAGGUGAAUUUGGCUAUCAACAACUACUGUAUUCACACCUUGCAUCCAGUGGCCAAGGUGGUGUCGUCGUUUGUGUUUUACUACAUGUACAAUGAGAACAAGACAUUGGAGAUUUUCGAGUUUUUGCAAGUGAUUUGGAUCUACUUUUCUGUCGAAUGGGCCCUCACUCACUGGAACGAGGACAACUCUGAGGUUAAUGAAGACAAGCCAGUGAAGCGGACGCUCUCUGCGACGGAAAUACAUCUUAUUGCCGUUUUCACCGUCAACAUCUUGGCCAACUUCCACCUCACCUUGUCCGAUACGAACUUGCCAUUGUUUAUCGUCAGAGCACUCACCAUUGCACUUAUUGGUGCUAUGGGUGCGCUGUUCCCUAUUUACUACGGCUAUUCGCAGCUCUCAAAUCCUGUUUUAGCCAAUAUCGCUUCCCUUGUUGUUGGUGGAGUAUUCAGUGGAGUAUUCUAUUUCAUCACUAACUAUAUCUUCACCACGCAAAUCAUCAACGAGGAGGUCAUCUCAUGGUUGAUCAACUACAUCAGAGCCACGGAAUUGCGUGAGAAAUUACUUGGAGCGUGGUUGGUUGCCCUUGUGGCUACUGUUCCAACCGUUUUUGUUUUGGCUGAGUUCGACAAGGUGUCCCUCAACUUCAGAAGAAAAGCAUGGCAUUACCUUUUGUUUGCCUCGCUAGCUUACCCAGCCUUGAUCCAGGAACCUGUUUUCACUUCUAUUGCCGUAUUGGGCUCCGUUUUCGUGUUCAUUGUUGUUGAAGCUGUGCGUGCUGCUCGUUUGGGUUCAUUGGGCUCCUUCUUGAACACCCACCUUCGCUACUUCCAAGAUGACAAGGACAUUUCUGGACCACUCAGUUUGUCUUACAUUUUCUUGUUGGUGGGUGUAGCUAUUCCACUCGCCUACGGCGUUGCCAAGGACGAUGUGGUGUCUAUUAGAUCGUACCUCGGUCUUAUCACCUUGGGAUUGAGUGAUUCCACUGCAUCUUUCGUGGGCAGGAACUUUGGCAAGAUCAAGUGGAAGGGUGGUGACCGUACACUCGAGGGCACUGUGACGUACAUUGUUGUAACUUUUGCGUCAUUUGUUCUUGUCGACAAGUACUUAUUACCUGAAGGAAGCAAGGUUCAGAAUUGGGAGAACCUCUUCAUCGUGGCCAUUUUGGGAGGUGCCGUCGAAGGUGCUUCUACAUUGAACGACAAUGUGCUUGUGCCUUCCAUGAGUUUGAUUGCUUAUGAGUUGCUUGGCGGUGUAUUCUAA